ACGACUGACGAAUCUUCUCGCUAGGAAGGAAAAGAGCUUGUCGCUACUUCCUGCCAACCUCAAACACACCUCGUGUUUGCUACGAUUUCUGUGGUUAGCUGAUUAAAGAUUUACCAAAUUCACAAAUAAUAUAGGAGUACACAACUCGAGGCAGUGGUUGGGAAGGUUAAAAUAAUCUUGAACAAGUUUUAUCAGCUUACACCACAAACAUAAUUUGACGAAAAGCAUCGAUAAUGGCGGUGAGAGUGCAAUUUGAAAACAACAAUGAAGUCGGUGUGUUUUCGAAACUGACAAAUUCCUACUGUCUCGUUGCCAUAGGAGGCUCAGAGAACUUUUACAGUGUCUUCGAAGCUGAAUUAGCAGAGACAAUCCCAGUCAUCCAUACUUCCAUCGCUGGAUGUCGAAUCAUUGGAAGAUUAUGCGUCGGAAACAAAAAUGGUAUGCUUGUGCCAAGUGGUACAACAGACACAGAGCUCCAACAGAUCCGCAAUUCACUCCCUGACAAUGUCAAAGUACAACGAAUUGAGGAGAGAUUAUCAGCUCUUGGAAACGUUAUUGCUUGCAACGAUUACGUAGCCCUGGUCCACCCUGAUUUGGACAGAGAGACCGAAGAAAUCUUAGCCGACACGCUUAAUGUUGAGGUGUUCCGGCAGACAGUUGCGAGUAAUGUGCUUAUAGGAUCUUAUUGCGUUUUAUCAAACCAGGGAGGCCUGGUGCAUCCGCAAACUUCCAUACAGGAUCAAGAUGAACUCUCGUCAUUGUUGCAGGUUCCAUUGGUGGCAGGAACAAUAAACAGAGGUAGCGAAGUCAUAGCUGCAGGUAUGGUAGUGAACGACUGGGCAUCUUUUUGCGGCAUGGACACAACAUCAACGGAAUUAUCAGUAAUAGAAAGCGUCUUCAAACUUAACGAAUCAACGCCGGCGGCAAUAACAUCUACGAUGCGUGCUUCUUUGAUAGAAAGUAUGUCCUAAGUCGACAACGUUUCCUGGUGGACUUGAGAAUCACAAAUGUGCACGAAAAAACUUGUGCAGGUAUCCUCUGUAUAUUCGAUAGACCAAAUCUAUGUCCGCACAUCUCCGGCAGACAUGAUUCUUCUACAACAUAUAGAAAAAUUAAACCCUGUCAUAGAUAGCUUAUUAUCCAGAAAAAAAACAAAAACAAAGGAAAAAUAUUGGUAUGUUAUUUUUUUGUCUUUUGCAGUUAUGAUCUGUAUACUUAUUGAAUGUAUACCUAAUUGAUGACACAUUGUGGCUUUCUAUCAGAGUAAAAUUUCUAUUAAAAAAAUUGAAAAUACGAUAAUUAA